AUGUCGAGUAGUGAAGUUCCGAUAGGCGAUUACACACGAUGCGAAGGACACGCAGACAACGCCAGUGACCUGAUUUGUAGCCAUUCGUCUGCGACGACCCACUCGUGCAUACGGCGUUCGUCCAUGUCGCCUCUAAUCCUCAUCUACAUCUUUACCUUAUCUUCCUCCCAGCUGCUAGUCCAAUCAUGCCCUCAGGUCGUCAUUAACUUAUGUACGUGUGAAGAUCUACACAAUGGUGUAUUGCUUGAUUGUUCUCAUUCCGAUGGCGCAGAAGUGGUACAAGUACUUCGCAAAAGUCAAGCACUUCUAGGCCUUGUGCAAGGUCUUACUAUGCACAACAGCAACCUACGCUCUAUUCCAGCAAGCUUCCUCGCUGGGCUCUAUAUUAAGCGACUCGAUCUAUCACACAACCAUAUGGUUGAAAUCGAUGACAAUGCAUUCUCAGGAAUGAGCCCAGUCAUGCAGGAGUUGGUACUUACACACAACAACCUCACAAAGAUACCAGUCGCUGCACUUGCCCCUCUUACGACACUUCUUCGCGUGGAUCUUUCAAAUAACUCCAUAGAAAACAUCUUAGAUAGCGAUGCAUUUCCUUCUCUGUCGAAGCUCUACGACAUCAACCUCGGAUCAAACAACAUUUGCUCGAUUCAUUCGGCAGCGUUUCAAAACGUUAAGAACUCCAUACAAAUAAUCAAUUUGGGCCACAACUGCUUGCACUCCGUCCCGUCAUCAUCAAUCCGUGGACUUAAACAACUCAAAGCUUUGCAUAUGCAAAAGAAUAACAUAUCAUCGUUGGAUGCUCUCAGCUUCUUGAACCUUCCUAUAUUGAACCUACUCAACCUAGCCGGAAACACCAUAUCAGAAAUCAACCGACAAGCAUUUCUGAAUGUGCCACAACUAAAGUAUCUCUACUUAACGAACAAUAAAAUCACAAAAUUGAAUUCUCAUCAAUUUGCUUCUUUCGAUCAAAUUGAAAUGAUCGAUCUUACGGGAAAUGAGAUCGCUGAGAUACCAAGUGAAUGCGUUGCUCAACUUUCUCAAUUGCGGCAAUUAUUCCUUGGUGGAAAUCGUAUACGUACUAUUAGAAGAAACGCCUUCGCCAACAGCUCUAUUGUCAUUCUAAGCCUAAUCAACAAUCAGCUAGAUGAGAUAGCCGAAGGAAUUCUAGACAAUAUGCCAAAUCUGCAAUCCGUCGCCUUUAAAAACAAUAAGAUAGCAACAGUUUCCCAGAAUGCUUUCUAUAAUGCACCAUCGAUAGUGAUGAUAGAUCUGAGUAACAAUGAAAUCACGGAUUUACCACCGUCAACAUUCCUUGCACAACUUAAUUUACAAAUGGUCGACCUAAGAAAUAAUAAAAUUGCUCGAACUCCAUACACUGCUUUCAGCCGCCGAGUUGGCACCGUGUUCCUGCAAGAAAAUCCACUUGUAUGCACCGAAAAAAUUCACAUGCUUCAAGAUGGAGUAGCGUUGUAUAUCGCGACGAGUGAGGAUUCAAUUUGUAGAGGACGAAUCACAAACACUACUACGACAACAGUGUCUCCCGUUAUGGUACAAAAUGAUGAAACGAGUCGUGGAUCAAACAUUGCAGAAAUACCACUUUUUUCGUUUCGAGAGGAUAUCGAUCAGGAACUCAAGCGAGAGCUUGAGGGUAUAGAGAUGAAAGAAUUUGCCACUACGAAGAGCGCUGAACACAUCCAUGAGAGAAUGAACACGACGGCUAAGAUCACUACAACUGGACGACUACAUAUGGAUAGUGCAGAUAAUCCAAACAUAAUUCAUCCAUUCCCGGUGCCAUACCUCAAAAAGCCUGCUGCGAUUCAUGAAACAGCAUGUUCUUGUUCCGAUUACCUUGACGGAUCUGUGAUCCGAUGCUCUGGACAAGAUGGGCCAAGAAUGAUUGAACAAAUGAAAAAGUUGCACUUCGAGAUUCGCGAACUUACUUUAGAGAACGCAAACAUUGUUGAGAUAGGGCCUCGUGCAUUCAAGAACCUUCGUAUAAAAAAGUUAGUAUUGGACAAAAAUCGUAUAAGAGUACUACACAGAGAAGCGUUUCGAGGGUUGGAAAAUGUGCUACAGGAGUUAUCCAUUGCAAAGAACAAGAUGACAGAAGUACCAAGUGAUGCUCUCACAGGUUUGCGAGCACUCAACGUUCUUAGUCUGAAGUGCAACAAACUCGGAAACCUUACGAAGUCCGUCUUCAAGAAUCUGAGUUCACUGAUUGAUGUCAAUUUAUCGUGCAACGAGAUAUGUGAAAUAUCGUCAACUGCAUUUGAUGGAGUACGUGGUAGCCUACAAAACCUUAUUCUGGAUAUGAACUGUAUGGAAAAAUUUCCAGCGGAAGCUGUUAAGAAUAUGGAGAGUCUCAUUGCUCUACAUCUGAAGUAUAAUAAGGUAAUUAAAAAUAAUCAAGUAAUAUUAUCGUUACCUCGUCAUCGCAACAAUUGCGCCGAGAACGCAACGUGGGAAAGUGCACAACAUGUGAGAACGAUGGAGUUAUCAAAAAACCACCAACGUCCGUUAUGUGCUAAAACACGAACAGAGGGAGAAAAUGUUCAAUGGAUACAUCGUUUCCAGAUGAAAUCCAUCGAUGAAGGACAGCUGACAAAUUUGUCAUCAUUAUCGAUGCUUUCCCUCAGUGGUAACAACAUCUCGUUUAUUCACCCCUCCGCUCUACGAAACACCCCAAACCUUAGGUACUUGUACCUAGCCGAAAAUCGACUACAUUCCUUCGACUCCGGCACUAUGACACAAUUUAGCCAAACACAGGUGUUAGAUUUGGCUUUCAACAAGAUAACGGAAAUAAAAGAAGAAACUUUCGCAGGACUAGAAAGUCUUCAACACCUCAACCUUGAAAGUAACAAUAUAAAGUCCAUAGCACCGGGAGCAUUUGCUGGUAUUCCUUUACUUCUCCUCUGGUUACCGAACAACUGCCUCAAUUCAAUUAGCCCAGCAACUUUUCAAGGAGCAUUGUUUCUUCGACAACUAUCACUAGCUAACAAUAACAUCAAAGAUAUUGAGCCACUUUCCCUCAAUCACCUCGCCAAUUUACAUACUGUUGAUCUUGCUAACAACAAAAUUAAAUCUUUACAACAGGGAGCAAUCCAAGGAUCUGAUCACCUCACUGUGCGACUUCAAGAAAACCCCAUGGUUUGUUCACAAGAUGGUUUCCAUGUUAUGAACGGCCCACAGGCAAUAAAUCUCACUAAUGAAGUAAACAAAAUUUGCAAAACCAACUGGUACGAAGACACUCCUAACAUAUGCCCAAAGACCGCAGCACCUAUGCGAGACAAAGAUCAUCGGGAAUUUGAAAAGGACGAAAGUGGAGAGCUAGAAGACGACGGGGAGGAAGGCACAGAGCAGGAAGGAGAGGAGGAAGAAGAAGAAGAAGAAGAAGAAGAGGAAGAUGACGAGGAGGUAGUAACAACUACGACAAAGAUACCUCGUCGAAUCCCAGCAAGAAUUCGUCAACGCCAAAAGAUGCUGUCUAACAUGCCCCCAUGGUUGCACACAACUCCGAAAGAGAAGAACAGGAAAGCGGAAGAAGACUUUAAUAACGACGUCGAAACGGAAACGAUUCAAGUCGAUGAACACACGGAACACCGCCCAAGAAUCUGA